AUGACAACUCCCAGAUUUGCUGUCCGCAGCGUGGCCAUUAUCGGCGCCGGGUCAAGCGGCCUGACGGCGGCCCGAUACAUCCAAGAACAGGGCGUUUACGACCGUGUUGUGGUGUACGAGCAGCGAUCCGAAGUGGGCGGAAUAUGGAACUACAGCUCGCGGCCAACGGACGAGGAACACAUCCCGCAGGAAUCGCCAUACUUCCGGCCUGACGCGCCUCUGCAGCCAGAGGACGGCAAGACAGGCGCACCGGAGUUUUCGACGGCCACAUACGAUGAGCUCUAUGUGAACAUCCCACAUCAUUUGAUGGGUUUCACGGACAUGGCCAUCCGCGACGUGCAUGAGGCCAACCACCCCGGCGAACCUCUUCCCAUCUACCCGCACAGGAGGACGAUUGCCGAGUAUCUUAUCAGCUACUCCCAGGACGUACGGCAUUUGAUUCGGUUCAACACAAAGGUGGACAACGUGCGCCUUCUGCGGCGACCGAGAAAUUGGCAGAGAAUUGGGACCAACGGGGCGACCACCAGGGCGACCGACGAUUAUGUAGACAGCUGGGAGAUCCACUCGUCCGACACGCGCAGUGGGACUCCCACUGUUGAGACAUUCGACGCCGUGCUCGUGGCGCAAGGUCACUACGACAUCACGUAUGUGCCGGCCAUUGCUAACAUCGAGGCGUUUGACGAGGCCUACCCAGGUACGCUCACGCACUCCAAGCGAUACCGCAACCCGGCGCCGUUCCGCGGCAAAAAGGUCAUUGUGGUCGGCAGCUCGGCGUCGGGGCUGGACAUUUCGACCCAGAUCAAGACUGUCACCAAGGAACUGUACAUGUCCGUGAGGACGCCCGUGAUCUCCGACCUGUUCAAGAAGCUCACGGGGGCCGAGGAAGUACCUCCAAUCCAGGAGUUUCUUGUGGAAGAGCGCGGCGUGCGCUUGACCGACGGCCGUGUCCUGCGCGACAUUGACGCCGUCAUCUUCGGCACGGGCUACCUCUUUUCGCUGCCCUUCUUGCAGCAGGCCAAACCGACGGAAGCGGAGGCGCAGGACACGGUCAACGGGCUCGGUGCAAUGCUGUCCAAUGGUCGUCGCAUCCACCGGUUGUACGACGACAUGUUCCACAUCGACCACCCUACGCUGGCCUUUUUGUGCCUGCCAAUGAUGGUCGUGCCGUACUCGCUGACGCAGGCCCAGGCCGCUGUCGUGUCGCGCGUGUGGGCAAACACGCUGGACCUGCCGACCACCGAGGAGAUGAACGAGUGGGAGCGCGAGGCCGAAAAGGUGCGUGGGCCGACGUUCCACAAGUGGAAGCACAACGACGACGGCGUCUACAUUAACGCAUGCUACGAGCGCAUCAUGCACGGCCCGCAGAGUGCCACAGCACGUGCGGGUAAAGAGCCGCCGCACUGGGACGACCGUCUUGUCUGGAUGCGGGCGAUCACGUUGUUUGGCAAGGUCAAAUUUGAAGAGGGCGGCCAAAAGGCGACGUCGUUGCAAGAGCUUGGGUACGUCUACGAGGAAAAUUGGAAGGAGAAGCAAGCUGAAGCUGAAGCUGCAGCCGCGGCCGCGGCCGCGGCCACCAGCAUCGCAAAGGACAAUACGCUCGUGGCAGCCAACGUCGCAAAGGACGUGCCGACGGUGGCAAUCAACGUGACUGCACCUAUAGCCGCGGUGGCUGUGAGCGGUGCGUGA